CACACUCAAUUUGUUUCUUUCUUAUUUUUGUUUCUUCCUCUUAAUUAGUUACAAUUUAAUUAACAUUUAAGCUCACACAGUGUUUGACUUGUGAGCUUUUAUGGUUCAAUGAAUCAACUAAUCAAUGUAAUAUAAUUAUUGGAAUGUUAAAAUCAAAGGAAUCAAUUGCAAAGUUGAUGUCCAUUCCAUUUUGUUUUUUAUAACAAAAAGAAUUUGCUGUUGUCUCAUCUUCUUUUCUUCGGCUUCGUUGUCAUUUUCUUGGAAAUUCAACUUGUUCUUUUUGCCGAAUUUUCUUUUCUCCUUUGAUUUGGAACUGUUGGUUUUUCUUUUCUUUUGUCAUUUUUGAUUGUUGAAUGAUUUACGUUUUAGGUGUUUAUCAUUUAAUCCAUAUCUUAAUUCCAACUCAAUGAAGGAACAAUUUCCGUUAGUGCCCAAGAUCAUCAAUGGCGGUAUCGCGGGAAUCAUUGGUGUUACAUGUGUUUUUCCGAUUGAUUUGGUUAAAACUCGCCUACAGAAUCAGGAAGUUGGACCUAAUGGUAGUAAAAUGUACAAAGGUCUAUUAGACUGUUUUCGCCAAACUUAUCGCCGGGAAGGUUUCACUGGAAUGUAUCGUGGAUCAGCUGUUAACAUAUUCCUAGUAACACCUGAAAAGGCCAUUAAAUUGGCUGCGAAUGAUUUUUUUAGAUACCGGUUAUGCAGUUCAACAGGUAAACUAUCAUUUGGUGCUGAAGUUAUCUCUGGUGGCGGAGCUGGUCUAUGUCAAAUUAUCAUUACUACACCUAUGGAAUUACUUAAAAUUCAACUUCAAGACGCUGGAAGAAUUUCGGCCAAAGGAAGUGAAGGAAAUGCUCCAAUUUCAGCGACUAAAAUUGCCAUGGAAUUAUUUAAGAAACGAGGAAUCUUAGGACUAUAUCGAGGUGCUACUGCCACCAUGUUACGUGAUGUUAAUUUUUCCAUUGUUUAUUUUCCGUUAUUCGCCCAUUUAAAUGCCCUUGGACCUAAAAGGCCAGACGGUUCCUCUGUUUUUUGGACUUCAUUUUUGGCUGGAUGUGGAGCGGGUUCAACGGCAGCAGCCAUUGUCAAUCCAUUUGAUGUUGUCAAAACGCGUCUUCAAGUUUUAAAAAGAGCUCAAGGAGAGACCACAUACUCUGGAGUAAUCGACGCUUUCGCUAAAAUCUAUCAAAAAGAAGGACCUUCGGCGUUUCUCAAAGGUGCUGGCUGUCGAAUGAUCGUCAUAGCUCCGUUAUUCGGAAUAGCGCAAACAGUUUAUCUUCUUGGUGUCGCUGAAUAUUUUCUUGGAAUUGAAACAAAAAGAUAACUAAUAUGCUACAUUUAAUUAUUACAAUACAAUCUUUAAUUUACACCUUAAUAUUUAUUAUUAUGUGAUAAUCACUCAUUGAGACAUGACCAGUUCCAAAUCUCAACAAGAAAAAAAUCCAAUACAAGACAAAACCUCAUUCCGCAUGAAAUCUGAAAUCAAUAUAUCACAAAUUGCAAUCGUCUUAAUUGUCAAUCUAUAUUAUCCAAAACUCACACAACAUAUUAAUCUGCAAUAUCAAUUUACUCAUCAAGAAAUUGAUUUAUAUCAAAAUCAAGGGAAACAAAUAUUUAUUCAAUUAACCACUAAAUAGCCAAACACAAUCAAAAAAAAGAGCGGAAAUUAAUUGAUUCCCAGUUAUUAUUUUAAAUUACUCGUUGAUAUGUUUAAAUCACAUGCAUUGUUAUCCCUCGAACACAAUUAUCACGUUAAAUGCCAAAUUUUAAUUUGUAUGAAACAAAAUAUUGUCAAUUGUAUUCACUUUAAAUCACUUGAAAACACUUAACUGGUGCCAAUCAAUUGUGAUCCAAAACUAUGAAAGAAAAUUAAACUUUUGUUGAUGUUAACAAA